CCCGAUCAUCGUGACCACAGUACCACAACACGUACGCACCAACAAUCUCAUCGGCUCUUUAAAAAGAGAACGUCUCGUCGGCAAUGGCGCGCUCCAGAGUCUCGAUCAUGCCAUCGCCGGUUCUCGUGUUGAUCGUGGCCGUCGCCGCGCUCGUGUCGGCGUGCACGGCGGACCCGGAGCCGGUGCAGGACUUCUGCGUGGCGGCGGUCACCAACGGCUCGGCCGACCAUCCGUCGUACCCGGGGUUCCCGUGCAAGCCGGCGUCGGCGGUGGUCUCCGACGACUUCUUCUUCGCGGGGCUGGCGCGCUCGGGCGCCGCCGACGCGGCCGAGAGCCCGUUCGGGUCCAGCGUGACGUCGGGCAACGUGGCGGCCUUCCCGGGGCUCAACACGCUCGGCGUCUCCAUCAACCGCGUCGACCUCGCCCCCGGCGGCGUCAACCCGCUGCACAGCCACCCGCGCGCCGCCGAGCUCGUGCACGUCGUCGCCGGCCAGAUGCUCGUGGGCUUUGUCAGCACCGCCGGCACUUUCUACUCCAAGGUGGUGCGGGAGGGGGAGAGCUUCGUCAUCCCGCGCGGCAUGGUGCACUUCCAGUUCAACACCGGCAAGGAGGCCGCCAGGGCCGUCACCGUGUUCAACAGCCAGCUCCCCGGAGUUGUCCUUGCCGCGCCGUCGCUCUUUGGGGCUGACCCGGAGAUCCCCGACGCCGUCCUCUCCAAGAGCUUCCAGGUCGACGGCGAGAUCAUCAAGCUCCUCAAGUCCAAGUUCCGGACUUAAAAAACGACGCACGAGUAAUUUUGAUUGGUUUAUUGUUCAUAUAUAUAUACUGUACACCAGUAAAUACGGACACCUAAAGUGUUCACUGUUUCAUGUAAUUUUGAUUGGAUAUUUAAUGCGUCAAUAAAAUUUAAGUUCAAAUUCUGUUCUACUUAAAA